GUGAGCGGCUCCUCGGCUGUGAGCGCUGCCACCUGCUGCUCAGCUGCCUGAACUGCGGCUGCUCUGUUUGCAUUUGCUCCGUUGAAGAUGGCGACUGGAGUCCUUCACAGAGUCAGCGGUGGCCUGGCUCGGGCUAAAAGCAGGGCCCACACCGCCGGACAGAUGGUGGUUUGGACAAGGGCGUUUGCGACGUCAAGCAGCAGAAGCCGAGAGGACAGCUGGUUUAAGUCACUGUUCGUGAGGAAAGUUGAUCCCAGGAAAGACGCACACUCUAACCUACUGACCAAAAAUGAGGAAAGCAACCUGUACAAAAUUCAGUUUCAUAAUGUCAAGCCAGAGUGCCUGGAUGCAUACAACAAACUCUGUGAGGAUGUUUUGCCCUCCAUCCAUGCUGAUAAGUACUACCCCUGUGAGCUGGUGGGUACCUGGAAUACCUGGUAUGGAGAGCAGGACCAGGCUGUUCAUCUGUGGCGUUACAGAGGUGGAUACCCAGCUCUAACAGAGGUGAUGAACAAGCUCAAGCAGAACCAGGACUUCACAGCGUACAGGAAGGAGCGGGGUAAGAUGCUGAUGUCUCGCAGAAACCAGCUCCUGCUGGAGUUCAGCUUCUGGAACGAGCCUGUUCCCCGAGAGGGCCCCAACAUCUAUGAGCUCAGGUCCUAUCAGCUCAGGCCAGGAACCAUGAUCGAGUGGGGUAAUUACUGGGCCAGAGCCAUUGGAUUCCGCCAGCACAACAGAGAAGCCGUGGGAGGGUUUUUCUCACAGAUCGGCGACCUCUAUAUGGUUCAUCACCUCUGGGCUUACAAAGACCUGCAGUCCAGAGAAGACACAAGGAACGGCGCCUGGCAGCAGGAAGGCUGGGACGAGGUGGUGUAUUACACGGUUCCUCUCAUUCAGCAUAUGGAUUCCAGGAUUAUGAUCCCGACAAAGGCUUCUCCACUGCAGUGAAAUGAGCCCGAACUGGGGGUCUGAAAUCAAGUGGCACCCUUUUUGAAUGUUACAUCCACUCAGAUUAUCAAAAUCAUGGUUUCAACCUCCUGUCAGUGCUGCCAAUCAACCUCCCGUCUCUGUUCCUGUCUUUUGCUUUAUUACCUCAAGAUGUCACGAGGAGAGAGGAGGCAACAAUGUCAACCAUGUAUCUAAAAUUAAAAUAGUCCACUCACAGCCCCUGAUGACAUUCUUCUUUUUCUUUUUUUUUGGGUUCUGGGGCAGGAUGAGUAAAUUUGGCCAAUUUAAACCUCCUGAUAGUCGUUAUGUCCGACGUCUCGUGCCACAUUAAAACUGGUCCAUGAAGAGAGAGCUCAUCUCUUAAGCUUCAAACCAACCAAAGUUACUUGAAAAGGCAAGCAGCCGUAUGGUGAGAGGGUAGGAAAUAUCGUACUGCUGAAGCUCACUGUACAAUGCAGUAGCUAUUUAUUUAUUUAAUGUAAAUUUGGAAGUGUCACUUUGAUGUAAGCCAUUCAGUUUCAACAAAAAAAAGCCUCUGUAUAUUCAUGAAAACGAUAAAAGUAUGACACGGUGUAAAAUGUAAACCACAUAAUUUUCUAUUAUAAAUCAAGGAUUAUUUUGCAAACUACUCAUAUCAGUUGCUUUUUCUGGGUGUUCCUAGGUUUUUCCUGUCAUGGUAUUGUUGUUUCAUGGUGCUGUGUUUGUAUCUUUGGCUUCUACUUUUUUUUUCUUGUGAAGACAGCAUGCCUGGUUUUAAAAAAGACAAAAAAUGUUUUUAUCCAACAAGUUUUAAAGGGGCAUAUCUAUCAUGUACGACGAACUCUGAAAACAAGCGUUCAUCAGUGGCUGAGUGAAUCUGACACUGAGCGUGCAGUCAUGCUGCUGCAUAUUGUAAUAUCAGAUUUUAUUGUUAAAGGAAGCAUGUUUAUCUUGUCUUUUUGUUCCUGGGUUCACAAGGAACAGUGUAAAAAGGACAGGACAAGACAGAUUAAAGCGGUUCAAACAA